ACAUUCAUCGCCACGAUGGGUGUCCAGAAGAAGACGCGCAAGUUCGGCGCCGUCAAGCGGGUGAUCAGCCAGCGUGAUGCCCGAGUGAAGAAGAACAUCAUGAAAAAUGAGAGCGACGAGAAGAAGAAGAAAGAGCAAGGCGACAAUGUCGUUCGCGAUGUCCCACAAGUCCCCAGCAGCAUGUUCUUUCAACACAACACCGCCCUGCAACCACCUUACCAAGUCCUCGUCGAUACCAAUUUCCUCUCCCACACCGUCCACCACAAACUCCCGCUCCUCCCGACAUUAAUGGACACGCUCUACGCGACCUGCACACCAAUCAUCACCUCCUGCGUCAUGGCCGAGUUGGAAAAGCUGGGACCGAAGUACCGCAUCGCAUUACAGAUUGCAAGAGAUGAGAGAUGGGAGAGGCUGCAGUGCGAUCACAAGGGAACAUAUGCAGAUGACUGCAUUGUCGACCGGGUCAUGAAGCAGAGAGUGUACUUGGUGGCGACGAACGAUAGGGACUUGAAGAGACGGAUCAGGAAAGUGCCCGGUGUGCCGAUUCUGAGCGUGGCGAGGGGCAAGUAUGUGAUUGAGAGGCUGCCUGAUGCGCCGGAGCAUUGAGUACAGAUGGGGAACUGUGUGAGCUUCUUGAUUGCAAAAUUAGCGUGGCGUUGGCAGGCAUGUACAUGGGAUGUUCCAGCAAUGAUGCUGUCGGAAUGCAGGACUGCAGACAUUGGACGAAAAUUGAAAGUCUUCAAAAUGUUGCUGGUCCAUCAAGACCACUCAUAAGGUACCCAGCAUCUGACAGCGCUUCGCAUCCAACUCUCCUGAACGGUGGGUUGGAUCAC